AUGUUCUUUGGUCUUCAAGUCGAUCGAGGGAAUCUCGUCCAGGCAGUAUCGGAUAACAUGUUGGAUGAUCUGAACUUGACGACAAAUGACUACAAUACAGGACAGACCGUCUUUCUUGCUUCCUUCCUGUUAUCGGAACUACCCUCCCAACUGGUUUCUAAGAAGAUAGGACCCGAUCGGUGGAUUCCGUUGCAAAUAUCCUUGUGGUCUGUGGUUGCUAUGGCGCAGGCUGCUCUUUCGGGGAAGUCAUCCUUCUAUUUAACACGCUCUUUAUUGGGAAUACUGGAGGGUGGCUUUAUUCCUGAUAUAAUUCUCUGGUUAUCCUACUUCUAUACCAGUCGUGAACUUCCCACCCGACUAAGCAUAUUCUGGACCGCCCUCUCUUUAACCACCAUCAUUACAUCCUUGCUGGCAUUUGGUAUUCUGCAUAUGCGUGGUGUGCUAGGCUGGGCUGGGUGGAGAUGGCUGUUUCUCAUUGAAGGAAUCAUCACCUUCGUUGUUGGGCUGUGUUCUUUCUUUAAAAUGCCAGCAUCAGCAGUGGAGACGAAAACAUGGUUUCGUCCCAGGGGCUGGUUCACCGAGCGAGAAGUCCGAAUUGUCGUGAAUCGUGUCCUUCGAGACGAUCCUUCCAAAGGCGAUAUGCAUAACCGGCAAGCGAUCACUCUUCGUGGUUUGUGGAAUGCUAUGAGCGAUUUUGAUCUGUGGCCAAUCUAUAUCCUUGGUCUUUUGGUAUAUGUACCUAUGGUUCCUGUGAAAAGUUAUAUUACACUGAUUCUUAAAGGCGUUGGAUUUGAUACUUUUAUGACCAACUUGCUCAUGAUCCCCUCGAACGUGACACACGUUAUAUUCUUAUUGCUCUUGACCAGACUGAGUGAAUACCGCAACGAGCGAACUCUCAUCUCUAUGACCCAGAAUAUCUGGGUCCUGCCAUGCCUGGUUGCUCUGCGCUUUUGGUCUGGAACCAUGACAAACGCAUGGGGAACCUAUGCGAUAGUGAUGGCCUUGUCGAGUUAUCCCUACUGCCAUGCUAUUCUGGUUGCAUGGAUUUCGAAAAACUCCAACAAUGUAGCAACGCGUACCGUGUCUGCUGCCUUUUACAAUAUGUGUGUCCAGUUUGGCAAUAUCCUUGGGAAUAACAUCUACCGUGCUGACGACGAGCCAAAAUACCGACGUGGAAAUACUGUUCUUCUGACAAUCAACAUCCUUGGCAUUCUUUUCUUCCUGCUUACAAAGGCUUACUAUGUAUACCGGAACAAAGAACGCGACCGGAUAUGGGCUGCCAUGACCGAGGAACAACGACGGGAUUACUUAGAGAAUAGUGAAGACACUGGGAGCAGGAGAUUGGAUUUUCGAUUUGCACAUUAA